AUGGCCAAGUCCAACACCAUGCUCUACGUGACGCGCAUCAGCUUCUGCAUCUUCGUCGUAUUCGCCAUGUACCUCCUGGGCAUGAUGUUCUUCUUCCGGACCUCCAGCAGCAACCUCACGUCGCCGGUAGAGAAGGUUGUCUACCGGUACGCACCGGCGAUCGAGUGCCAGGCGGGUAACACGAGCCACUCUUCUCAGCGGGUGUUCAAGCGACUGGACAAAGUGAGUGUCAACUUGACUAGUACCCCAACCGCAGAUUACGACUUCAAGGCAUCAACAUUCGCAGUGCCGCAAUCUGUCCGGAGUCAAAGUGCCCUCCGAGGAUCGGAACUGGAGAACCCUGGCCCUACAGAUCACCUCCUCUUUUGUUUCUUCAACCACACCUCGUACCGCAGAAAAUCACCGAUGACCUUCGACGUGCUCCUGAUACCUGCCGGACUUUGCACGCACAUCAUUUACGCCGCAGCGGGCAUCGACAGCACCUUUAUGGUAAGAUGGACUGAUGAGCCCUACGAUAGGGAUCAGGGCGCGUAUAAAACGUUCUUAGCGCUUCGAGACCGCCACGUUGCGGUCAAGCUACUCGUAGCACUAGGCGAAACCUGGGAAGACUGGAGGACCUUAAGGGACAUGGUGUCCGAGCACAGCCUCAUUAGGACGUUCGCCCAAAAUUUGGCUCGGUGGGUGAUGAGCAAGACAUUCGACGGUGUUGUGAUAAACUGGCGGUAUCCCCGGAAGUUAGAUCGCUGGCGGCUUACAGACAUGGUGCGAGAAGUCAAAUCCCGUUUUGCGCCUAAGCGCUUAAUCUUGGCUCUUACUCUUCCGCACGGACAAACAGUUCGUAGAACCGGCUUUGAUGUCGCCAAACUUGGAGAGCUGGCAGACUUUCUGCUCUUCCGAUUGUACAGCGAAAUCAACUCGACCGUUCGAAAGACGACGUUUCCAGUUACGAGCGAAGACGUGACGCGUUUCCCCAAGGCCGUUCGUUCGGAAAUGGGCAAGACUGUCUUCCAUAAAGCCUGCUUCGUACUGCCCCUGGUCGGCCUCACAUUUACGCUGCGGAAUCGGGACCACCAACACGUUGGAGCGGCAACAGUGGGGCCCGGCUCCCCGGGCCCUUACACCAAGGUUCCAGGUAUACUCGCCUACAACGAGGUGUGCACCGGCAACUGGUCCUUGGUUAGUGCUGACAUCUUCGCCACGUUCGCGGUGAAGGGCAAACAGUGGGUGGGCUACCACGGCCCGGACAACUUAAGGAACAUCAUGAGGGUCGUGAAACGCAAGGCGAAUGUAGGAUGCUUCGCCCUUUGGGAGGUGGGCUACGAUGAUUUCAACGGGUUGUGUGGUCCCUCGUACCCCAUUGCACGGAAUUGCUACCGCAGUUUGCGAGGUGAGAGUGAGCAAAGGGACUCCCAGUGGACAGAUUCGUAA